CGACUCUAGCGGGCAUGAGAGUAUAGCAACGAUGUUGCAUGGACGGCAUCUAGAGACGCAUGUGGGAUUUGAGAUCUACCAGCGCGAAACAUCAACAUCAUAGCAGCAAUCACUACCCCUUCCAUAUAGCCACGCUCAACGUAGAAUUGCUUAACAUCAUCCGCCGUACUCACUUCGACCGCAUGUCCGGCAACCCAUUGACUACGCCUAAGCUACACGACGGCCGGCUAGUAGUUGCGUGUGUUACUACUACAAAUCCUGGCUAUUAGACGCUUCUCUAGUAUCUUGUGCGCGCUUUGUCGACUCAGUCUUCUGCGGUGACUCGUCAAUAUACUUUUUUUUUAUACUCCGUGGUAAACUCC